AAAAAUAUUCACGCGCCAGAAUUUGACUCUGCUUAGAUCUCCGAUCAUCGUCUCCGAAUCUAGAUCGACGAGAACAAAACCCUCGAAACCUAAAUCGGAAUGAGAAAUUAGAUUUUGAUACGAAUUAGAGAUCUGUGUUGAGGACGAUGAGUGACUCGGUGUCGAUCUCGGUUCCGUAUAGGAAUUUGAGGAAGGAAAUUGAACUUGAGACGGUGACGAAGCAUCAUCAAGACGAAUCUGGUUCUUCGUCGUUCUCUUCUUCUCCAUUGAAUCAUCCUGAUGUGGCUGAUGGUGAAUCUGUGUCGAAGAAUUGUAGUUUAGUAACGUUGGUUCUUAGUUGUACAGUCGCUGCUGGAGUUCAAUUUGGUUGGGCAUUGCAACUUUCUCUUCUUACUCCUUAUAUUCAGACCCUUGGAAUAUCGCAUGCUUUUUCUUCGUUUAUUUGGCUAUGCGGCCCAAUUACAGGCCUUGUGGUCCAGCCUUUUGUUGGCAUUUGGAGUGAUAAAUGUACUUCAAAGUAUGGAAGAAGACGACCGUUUAUUCUCGUUGGAUCACUCAUGAUCUCAAUAUCAGUGAUAAUAAUCGGGUUUUCUGCAGACAUUGGGUAUCUGUUAGGAGAUACAAAGGAACAUUGCAGUACUUUCAAAGGGACACGAACCAGGGCAGCUGUUGUCUUUAUCAUUGGGUUUUGGUUGUUGGAUCUAGCGAACAAUACAGUACAGGGACCUGCUCGUGCUCUUCUAGCUGAUCUAUCAGGUCCUGAUCAGCGGAAUACUGCAAAUGCUGUGUUCUGCUUGUGGAUGGCUAUUGGGAAUAUCCUUGGGUUUUCUGCUGGUGCUAGUGGACGUUGGCAAGAAUGGUUCCCUUUCCUAACUAGUAGAGCAUGCUGUGCUGCAUGUGGAAAUCUCAAAGCAGCGUUUCUUCUUGCAGUGGUCUUUCUCACUAUAUGUACUCUUGUCACAAUCUAUUUUGCUAAAGAGAUUCCUUUUACAAGCAACAAGCCCACCCGCAUACCAGAUUCUGCACCUUUGUUGGAUGAUCUCCAGUCUAAAGGCCUUGAGCACUCAAAAUUGAAUCAUGGUACUGCCAAUGGAAUCAAGUAUGAGAGAGUGGAACGUGAUAUGGAUGUACAGCUUGGCAAUUCAAAGAACGAGCAUCAAGAUGAGACCUACGUUGAUGGCCCUGGAUCUGUUUUAGUGAAUUUGCUAACUAGUUUAAGGCAUUUGCCACCGGCUAUGCACUCUGUUCUUAUCGUCAUGGCUCUUACAUGGUUAUCGUGGUUCCCCUUCUUUUUGUUCGAUACAGAUUGGAUGGGAAGAGAAGUUUACCACGGGAAUCCAACAGGAGAUAGUUUGCAUGUGGAACUCUAUGAUCAAGGUGUACGUGAAGGUGCACUUGGUUUGCUACUAAACUCUGUUGUUCUUGGGAUCAGCUCGUUUCUCAUUGAACCAAUGUGUCAGCGGAUGGGUGCACGGGUUGUAUGGGCUCUGAGCAAUUUUACUGUAUUUGCAUGCAUGGCGGGAACAGCUGUAAUUAGCUUGAUGUCUCUUGGUGAUUACAAAAAUGGAGUCGAAUACAUAAUGCAGGGAAACGAAACAACAAGAACCGCAGCUGUAGUCGUCUUUGCACUCCUUGGGUUUCCUCUAGCUAUCACAUACAGUGUUCCUUUCUCUGUCACAGCAGAAGUCACUGCUGAUUCCGGUGGCGGUCAAGGUUUGGCUAUAGGAGUGUUGAACCUCGCAAUCGUUAUUCCCCAGAUGAUAGUAUCACUUGGAGCGGGUCCAUGGGAUCAAUUGUUUGGAGGAGGAAAUUUACCGGCGUUUGUAAUGGCGUCUGUUGCUGCUUUUGCUGCUGGAGUUAUUGCCUUGCAAAGGCUUCCGACGCUAUCUAGUUCUUUCAAGUCCACUGGUUUCCACAUCGGGUAAAAUCUUUAUACCAGGAUCUCCAAUACAAAAGCGAGCCACGGGUGUUUUUCCGACAGUAUAGACCUAAAAUUCAGAUUUAGAUCCAUUCGAUUCUUUUUGACCUUGUUCUCCUCUCGGCGUAUAUGUAUGUAGGUUUUGUACAUUUAGUUUUGUUAUAUGUUAUACACAGCAAUGUGACUCUAAAUAUACAGUACCUCUCUUA